AUGUCCACUGAAAAGUCCACUCAAAAAACAAACCUUCCAGCUAUACGGUCCCGCACUUCGGGUGAUGGAUACUUGCGACGACGUCCUUCAGCAAAUCUGAAGUAUCAAGCACCUGCAUCAGCAUCGUUCUACCUCCAGUCACCUGACAUUCCCAGUCCAGAAAAGCCUGAAUCAAUCGGCUCUAGUGCAUAUCUUGAUUCACCUGUCACCUCCUAUAUGCAGACUCUGCAAGACAAACAUAAGGUACCAAAAACCCCCAUAGGAAGAGUGCAUCAACGGCCAAGACUACCACAUCAAGAGAUGUUGGCCAUGGAGAUAUCCCUUUAUGGUGGAGAGAGAACCUGCAUUAUGGAGCUGGUGCCUGCUAGCUCAGGCAUUGUUGACUUUAUUCACAUCAUGGGGCGGGCAACAAGUGAGGAUGAGCUUUUACUUUUUGAGUACAAUACUGGCCUAUUUCCUUACACAAUGAACUUGGAUUGUAGUCAGAACCUUGAGCGCAAGGAGAAAGACCUAGAGGACAUGAUAAAGAAGCUCCCUGAAUAUCGAAACUCUCCACCAAAAUCCCGUAUUCCGCAGUUCAGCGAGGGCUUUGAGCAGAGCAAGUGGAAAUAUACUGUUGUAGCGACUGGUCCUGACAGCCCUUGUUUUGUGCGUCACCACGAAAACGGAGAAAGGGAGAUCAUUUAUCCUCCAUACAACCUCAAAAUCGAGAGCUCUGUCCAUCCAAUGUUCGUGUUCAUGAACACGACUUCGAAACUCAAGGAAAUUGAGUUGAAGAAUGGCCGCCCACCUGAGCGACAUCGCGUUAUAUGCGAAAAGAUGUUGAGCUACAGAGACACAUGGGACACUGUAUCAGCAGAAGACCUGAAGACGUUCAAAUAG